AUGACUGUGGAACAACAAAAAGAUGCUGAUCUUCUUGUCAAAUGGCAUUCACAGGGAUCGAACAAGAAGAAUUUUGUCUCAACAAAAGAUAUAUUGAAGCGUAUAUGGGGAAAAUUGAAACCUAUGGAUAUUGUGACAACUCUCAAAUAUCAGAAGUACGGCUCGCUUUUUGAUAAACAUGAACAAAUAGAGAAAGCAUUCACUAAUUUGUACCAAACUUUAUCUGAAGCUAUACACAAUUGUGGCGUUUGCUAUGAAGAAGAAGUGCUACCAAUUCCAGAUCUGAUUGAAAAUGUAUUUAACAAAUCUGACGCAUUAGUACUUGCUACAUUUUAUUCGAUUACAUUGCCGAACAUGCCAUAUGAAAUAGCGGCACACGUUGGUUAUCUAUCUUCAAAUUCAUCGUAUUGGCUCAACAGUCUCGAUUUGAAGAAUUGCUCGAAUACUCCCACCACCACGACUGAUGCAGCUAAGGAAAAAUCAUUCAAGCGAAAAUUGAUUGAAAAUGAAGAAAAUGAAGGACAUUAA